AGGAGGGGGCACAGGAGAAGGGGGAACUUGAGUGUCGUACGCAGUUGCACAAUGUUCAUCUUUACGGCUCCAUCAGUGCACGCGAAGCUCACGCAACAUCCCUGCGUUCAGCGUUUCGCCUCACUCGUCAAUUAGCUGGAGGAUAUAUACUGGCGUGAUAGAAAAUAUCUCGUAGGCCAGGAAUAUAAUGAAAGAAGACAGCACUGAGUUGGAGCUUUUACAUUUUUGUUUAAUAAGCACUUAUCUUCAUACUUGGACCUGGCAUCAUCUUAAUUAAGUAGCUCAAUAUCUCUGCCCCCCCCCUGCCAGUUUGUUUCUGCACCGAACAUCCAAAUGGAUAAAAGACGGAAGAAUGAUUUAUCUACGCCAGCACCAGAGAGAGAAAAAGCAUGUGAGGAGACAGAGGGUAGAAAAAAAACGAAAAAGACCAAAUCAGAAGAACUGGAUUUCCUCUCCGAAGGAACUGAUGGCCAAGAUAAGCAGCUGCAAGAUUUAACGAUUAGAGAGGCUGACCAUUCAGAAGAUAGUCUGAAAGCAAAGAUCACACCUGGAGCAAAACGAACCAAGAAACCCCCGAAGAGCCUUGAGAACUUCAUAUGCCGACCUUCUGUUCGGGUGUUUCAGAGGCCUGAAUCUAUAGGGCAAAGUGUCUGCAAACGAAGAGAUGGUAUAAGUGCUAAAACUAGACUCUACAGUCAGUUAUGUCAUCCUGUUCAAAAGAAAUGUAACACUGACUCAGUGGUAACAAAAGACAAUUCAGUGGUGACAAAUACUGAUCCAUCAGCACUUUCUCCCUCCUCUCACAUUCCUUCUAGUAUCAUGAGUCUUGCUUCAGACACUGCGAGUACAAGGUCAUCUAAAAAGGUUCUCCCAAAACAAACUAAGAAGACAGAUUUAAAAUCAGAUAUAACACUACAGGAAACCCCACAGUCAACCAACAAACUGUCAGUUUCUCACAAGAUAACUCAUAAUACUCAAAUAAAGCAGACAUACUCCUCCAAAAAUUCUUCUGAUUCAAAUUCCACUUCUCAACAGGACUCUAACCCACAAGAGUGCAUUAACGUUUUUAAUGAGGACAAGACACAGCAAGGUCAAGCCAGUCCAAACUCCAGUUAUGGAAAUCCAAGUGGAGCUAGUUUACAUACUGUGCCAUCCAAACUAACAUCCUGCUUUCAGAAAAAUGCCACAAAAUGCAACGAAAGCAAUUCAGAAUUGGCUUCACAUUGCAGUAUCCGUUUGAAUCCAAAGAAGGGUGAGAGCUGUGUGGAUGAUUCCGACAAUGCUGAUAUCAGAGGAGUGACUAAUGAAAAGAAUAAACACCAAAAAUCCUCCAUGCAAGAGGCAAGUCCUUGUACAAAUGACCUGUCGGAACACCCUAUGUCUUUCCAGGUAGCUGAUUCCCCAUGUUCCAGGAAGUGCAUUGACACCACAUCAGACCUGUCAGAGGACAGCAGAGGAAGUAAUGGACAGAAUGAAAAUAAAGAUCUAAAUUGGACUUCAGAUACGACCAUGAAAUCCCCCCAAAAUCCUGCUUUUGAGCAUAAAACUUAUGGCAGUGCAAGUGGAUCGGCUAACGAUGAGCAUGGAAAGCAAGUCAAGUUUGGUACAAGUCAAGAGCAAAUUAAAGUACAUCGUUUGACUGACACUAACAACUCUGUAGGGUCUACAGUAAAUCCCCAAGUAUCUCCUGCUCCAGUAAAAUCUCUGACAGAUGACUUAUCCUCAAACAGCAAGCAGGACAAAAAAAUGUCAAAGAAACAACCCAUAAGAAAUCUUCGUAGCAAUAGGUUUGCAAACAUGACCAGUGAAUUUAAUCACAGCUCUGUUUCCUGCAGAGUACCACACAGUGCUUUACAAAAUGAAUCUCAGUUUAAUAGUUUUUCAAAAUCAUUGUCCUCACCUCAGUGUGAACAAAAUUCAGAUGAACAACCUUCCAAAUCAAAACCCUCUCAAAGCUCAAAGAAUCGCUAUUCAGAGAUUUCAUCUCUAAAUAAUCCACCAUCUCGGAAAAGGGGUAGACCAAAAACACACAAAUCAGCAGUCCCGUUUCAGGCAAACAGUUCUCAAGUGUCAGUUGUUAAUCCUCCAAAUGAUCAAAAUACGGAAGAUAUAGAGCCGGAACAUGAUACGAAGCAGACAAGGCCUAUGGCAAAAAAACGUGGGCGCCCUAAACAGUCUUUUUCUAUCCAAACACAGGAAAGUCUGCCAGAAUUAAUCUCUAAGAAACAGGGCUCUGGGGACCUUAAUAUUACUCCCAAAGACAAAGCAAGAAACAUUCAAAAGUGCAAGAAAAGCAAAAGGGUAAUAAUGAAGACAAUCAUUGGAAAGAUCAAUAAGAUGAAAGUGAAAAGGAAAGAUCAAGUGCUCACACAGAUUCUGCUGGGACAGAAGCAAUGUGACGAUAAAGAAAUGUCUCACGAAGGCACAGAAAGAGAUGCAUGCAGUUCAGAGUCUACUGCAACACACUCCUUAUCUUCUCUUGUAUCAUCUUUCGGGGGUAAGCUUGGUUCUCAAAUUAACGUCAGCAAACGAGGAACUAUCUACAUGGGAAAGAGGAGAGGUCGCAAACCAAAAUGUUACACGACCUCCAAUGUUUCUUCCCAGAAAUCUCCGCAGGUGUUUUCAGACAAUCCACAGUUUUCUCCCACGUCUACUUUUGCACAGCCACCAUCAGGUACACAAAACGUUUCUGUAUCAGGCUCCUCUAGCACACUUAAAAACAUUGCAGCAACUUCAUUAUCUGGGAGAAGCUCACAGCUACGUUUUAGUACCCCUAAAAUCAAAGCAACUUCUUUUAAACAACUCAGUGAAAAUUCUCAGGCUCAGUGUGAAAUAACAUUGACGUGUAACAGUGGGGAUGGAGUUAAUGAUAACGCCAUAUCAGACAGGGGUGAAAGGAAUAACAGGCUGGAUGAAGGCAUGGGAUUUUGCUCAGCACCAGCCACAGGCUCUGUAUUCACAAUGUCUGGUGUUUCUGGGAGUAAUUCCUUUCAUAGUAGGCCAAAGCCUUUUUCUUCCUUGCCUUCAGAGCACUUUUUUUCUCCACAUUUGCCAUUAGGCUCUGGUAGGCCACAAGAUUCCAGUCCCUCGUUAGCAUUCACAGACCAAGAGGCACACAAGUUUAAAUGCCAUCGGAAGGGCCAUCACUGCCUAAGUCGAGAAAAGCUUAGAAGACAUAAAUAUAAAUGCAAGAAGAAGUAUAUACAACUCAAGGCCAAAUGCCAAGACCCUGACUUUCUCGCGGAUAUUGAUGACUUAGUUGUCAGACUGAGCAAGAUCCGUAUUGUGCAACGCAUCCCCCGGACAAAGCUUGGAGAUGACGUUAAUGCAUCAGGAAGAAAGACUGUAAAGGGCAAAUGUCAAUCCUAUGAUCUUCAACAGUGCCUACAAGAAAAAGUUCAUCCCCCUGCCAUGUUUCAAAUUAACCUUAGUGGGUACUAUUCACCACAUUCUGCUCUGUCCUGUGAACCUCUUCAUUAUGUCAGAAUGGCAAAUAUGAGAAGAAAGCACGGGUGCUCCACUGAACCGAGUGAACAGAUUGUUUCACACUUCCCUAUGAUGCACAAACUUGGAUACCCGUACCCAGGUGGUGGAUUUAUCCACCCAUCCUACAAAGUACCAUUUACAACCGCCUCGCUUGGGUUCGGCCUCUGUCGAGGAUACCCAUCCGGUGCAACGUUAUAUCCACUCCCUUUUCCACCAUCAUAUCUGCAUCACUAUCCUAAGAACCCCAUUAUAAGCCCGUCUAAGUUCCACAAGAAGAGGACCAAGUUCCCAAGGCAAGACUCUGCAAUUUGGGGACAGAACACAUUUGGGGCAUAUCCUAGGAUGUCCCCGCACUCCUCCUGUGACUGCUUCAAUCCAGAGGGUGAGCAAAGGCAGAAACAGAAAGAGAAAGGCAAAGGAAGGCGGGAUAAACAUAGCAUGAUGACAGAAAGACAGCAUGGAAAUGAUGCAUGUUUUCGGCUUAAUAAUUUCACAAAAGACAAUGAAAAUUCAGGAAGCUGUUCAUUUAACUUGCCUUCCCCCUCUUCGAUUUUCUCACAAGUCCAACAGAAAGAAAAAACCUUUCCUUUUACACAUUUAACUACAUCAAGCCCGGUACAAGGAGGAGAAAUGAGAUGGUCAGACCAUCAGCCAGCGUUUGGCCUUGGCAGCAAAAACCCAAACCAGCCCUCUGAAACACUUGAAACUAAUUCCGUGGGCUUUGAGAAUACCUCAAAAGGUCCAGAGACUGAUGGGAACCCAGUAUCAGCUCAGCAGUUACACAGAAGAGUGCAGCCUUUCUUAAAACAUCCUAUGCUUAUUGGUGGGACACAAAGCCACAAAAGGAUCACUAAGUCAAGAAGGAGUGAAGAAGUGACUCGGCUCUCAGAUGUUCUGAAGGAACAAGCUAAGACAUCUGUGCAAGAGUUAUCUUUGGGGAAUAAGAGAGCACCAGGUAUUAACCAAGCAGGUGGUUUAUCAAAAAAGCAUCGCUGCAGUGAUUCUUCGUCAUCCAGAGAACGGGAAAAAGUUGUUUCAAAGGAGCCAAGGGGUUUUAAAGCCAAAAGGAGGCCCCUGAUUAAGAAUAAGUCAAACCAUGUUCCCCAAUCCUCAUCACCUUUAAGAGAUGAGCAUGCACAGCCGGCAGCCAGAAAUGUUCCUUCUACAAGUGCUAAGGUACUACAACAAUUCAAGUCAGUAAAGCAUCAGAAUUCAGAGGGACUGGAUGUCACAGAUGUCAGCGGAGUAAAGAGAAGAGGACCGGGACGACCAAGGAAGAGUCCUAAACCCUCUUCUCCACCAUCUUUGCUUUCUGGUCCUGAACUAGCUUCAUCUUUGACUAUAGAAAAGGCAGGAGAAGACGACAAAGAUAACAGUGACACAGUGUUGGAGGUCAUUGAGCUUGUCAUUCACGGAGAGCAGAGGAGUGGGAAAAAAAGAAAAAUUUCUGAAAGUGUGGAAAAUGGAGUUCAGAAUCAGAAUGAAGAAACAGAUGAGACAGAGACAUCUUCCACUCACUGCCACAUGUGCUCAGCACCCAUUGGCCUGUCACCUAACCAAGUUGAAGACAGUCAACCGGAGCAGGCCACUGCCUUCUUACCAAAUAAGAAGUAUUUAUGGGCAGGGCUUUAUUCAGAUGAUUUUAAAACCGAAGACAUUCCUGAUCAGCCUCAUCAGCUAAACAUAGAGAAUCUAGAGUACAAUCCAGAGGACCAUGAAUAUGGCCUCCUUCCUGCACCUUUACACGUGGGAAAGUACCUAAGAGUGAAACGGAUCAACUUUCAGUUGCCCUAUGACAUCCACUGGCAAUGUGCACGCAACAAGGUAUUUGAAAAACCUGUUACUCUACCAGAGGCAUCACCAUCAAAACCAAUGACCGUGUCUCUGACUUCAGACAGUUCCUGUAACCCCCCAAACAGCAGUGUACCUCAGUCAUGCUCUGAUGAUUGCCUCGACACGACGCUCAGUGAUGAUGAGACUGAGUCCUGUGAUAUGGGCAGUCACAUACAUGUGUGUGAGGAACACCAUCAGUGCCAUCAUCACCUCAAACAUCAGUUACAGGACGAAUCCAGUGACAAUGAGAAUUUUCCCUCAACCUUAUCUAAUGAAGAGAGGACCUUUGUAAUGAAACACGGCAUCUUCCUGGUGAGAAAUUACGAGAAGAUGAAGGCAAGACAGGCGUAUCUUCUGAGAGAGGGCGCAAGGCAGCAGGAAAAUGAAAAGGAGGAGGACAAAGUGAGCAGCCAGAGUGAGGGUAGAGACCUUGGAGAGGAUCCAACCAUCAAGUCAGACAGGUGCCCUAUCGAGCGGAGGUCAUGUUCUGAAGAAGGGGUGCGCGUAACAUUCCAAAGCAGAAAUCUCUCACAGACACUCCAAGAAAUCUGGGACGGGAUUGUUAGUUGCAAGGGAUCAUCUGGACAAAACCUCAGUGAUCCUCUGCUAAACCUCUGCUCUAGAAAAAGGUCCGACUCUGCUCUAGUGGACCUCAGCAUGGUACAAAAGCAGCUCCAGUCAGGACACUAUGAGAGCCUGGCGGCCUUCCACUCGGACAUGCUGACUGUGUUUCACUGCGCAGAGAAAUACUACGGCUCCGAGUCUGCAGUCGGGCGUGAUGUGAGUCAGCUGAGGGCCAUAUACCACAGAGCUCACCAGGAAGCUUCAGCCCACAUCAGCAGCUUCCUGUAAGAGAUUAGAAGCCACGCCCACACACCUACCUUCCAGGGCAUAUUGUGGUUGUGGUUGUGACCAUGGUAACACAAAGGCAUGAUGGGGCCUUCAAGAACAGGCAGACUAUGCCCUUCAAUACCAAAGACCCGUUGUGUGGUGCGCUUACACAGGCACUGAGCGUUAAACAGAGCCCUGCUGGAUGGGAUGCUUGCUGAGAAAACAAUUAAGACUCACAGAUCCAUAAUAAUUCAAAAAGGGUGGACAUUUCACAGAGGAGGAACAGACUGCUGAUCUAAAAAAAAAAAAAAAAAGACAAACACUUCUCCAUUCCAUUUUUCUUCCACUUUUAUAUCCUGUCUGUUGCCUUGUUCAGAUACGUCUUCAGUAUUAAAUCACAAAAAUAAAAGAGCAUGGGGUGCAUGAAGCUGUGGGAAGGGGAAAUGCUGAGGUUGUUAGUUCACCCUUGGCCAAGGACAUGAACAAUCAUUAUAUAUAUAUUUUAAAAAUUGUAUAUAAUUUUUAGUUUUAUUAUUUAUAAUGUGUUUUCUUUACAUUUGUAUUUACAUCAUUUGCCUUGCCAAUGACUGCACAUAGUACCAGUGAUAUAAUUUAAUGUGAGAUGUGCCUAGUAAUAAGCAAUAAUUAGAAAGCAAUAAGCUAAUUCUUUUGAUUGUCACUAUAGUACUUUUUAAACUCCUUUUAUGCUGCCCUCUAAUUUUACACACCAGCCUGAGAGGUGUUGUUGGGCAUUUUCCUACGUACAUCAAACUUGAAUGAGGUGGAAUUCUUUAGUAGGGAGAAAUAAAGUAUGCAUUGGCAGGGGUUGGGACCCUUAUCACCCUGAGAGCCAAACAAAAACAAAGAAGCAUACAGUCCUGGAAUAACAUACAGUUUCAAACACACUCCCAAGAAAACAUUUCCCUUUUUUGUACAGUCUUCACAGUACUGGCAGAGCAAAAGAAUUUCUAUUCCCAGCUUUGUUCAUCCAUGCUAGCACUUAUUGCUGGCUGGCUUCCAGUUUCCACCAGGACUUGGCGCAAGCUACAGUAUUUUUCCCCCUGCUGUGGCAAAAUCAUUGCUUCUCAAAACGUGUCUUUACAUUUGAUAUUUUCAGUGAAGCAUUUUCAGUCGUUAGAACAGAGACACUGCAGACACAAAGUUCUCACCAGAUAUAUACUUGUUCAAUUUUCUUUUUCCAGGUUUGCUGUGUUAGACAAAUGUGAACCUGUCCCAUAAAAAUAAAGCUUUUAAAAUGUGAAAGCCUUAAGGUACAGAUGAAAACGGAUCAGUAUUUGAGUUUAGCUAUAUAUAUAUAUCAAUUAAAUAGGAGUGGAGGUUAAAGGGGAGUGAGAUAGAAAUAAUGCACAGCUCUUUAGCUUCCUCGGCUAAAUGAAUAUUUUUCUCAAAUGUACAAAUGCAUCUUUUAAUUAAGAGCUUUCAGUCUUUAUUUCGUGUACAGUGCCGUUUAAAAAGAUUUUACCUUAAUGUAAAUCUAUGCUCAACAAGUAAAAUGGUUGCGAUUAGGGUCCAAAUCUGUGUAAUAAAAUAAGUCAGCAACCAGUUUAUGUAUAAAAUUUGGUUCCUGCACAAGUGGCCCAUUGUGACUUUCAACUCAGAACAACAAAAAGUGUCAUAAAUGUGUAGUGGUUCGGUGAAAAAAACUGCUGAAGCUGAAUUUUGGCAAAGAGCCAAAACAAUUAACUGUUGAGUUUCAGUUAAACUUUUUUCAAUGUUUUUCUCUGCCUAUAAUCAACAUUCCUCAUAUUUAAGCAUUCAUAAAUAUACAUUACUGUGCAAUAGUCUUGAACCCCCAUUUUGCAUAUUUUGCUUUUGGAAAGUUAGACUUUCUCAUAUUUUUAAGCAGUCUUGAGGAAUAGUUCUCCAGGCUUCCUAAAGCACUUUUUAAAUUUUUGUCCAGUCCCUGUACCUGACUAGUUGUGGAGGGAUGUUUUUUGUUUGUUAAGCCACACGGUGACCUACAGUAUGAAUCAUUUAAGCAUAAAAAAAACAUCUAACAUUAGGCGUGACUGUGAUAAACAGGUGAUUAGAACAGUUAUACUGGUGAUGCCGGAAUUUAAGGGUUGGAACAGACGAGAGGGGAAAUGAGGGCUGCUGCUGAGGUGGUUACAUAAACAACCAAUUUUUAAAUUGUAUCUUUAGGCAUUUUGCAGUCUGCUGCGGUGAAACAUUGUUCCAAUUUCUUUAAUCUGUAUCACUUAAUAUGACUAAAUAUGGGGUGGCUUUUGCACAGUACUGUAUAUCACCAAAACAGGUAAUGUUAAAAUGUGGUUUGUAUUGUAUCUUCCUGCCAAAUCAAUUUGUGUAGGCAGCCAAUUUAACAAAUGCUAGUAGUGUACCUAAAGACGUUUAAAACCUUGUGAAUGUCAGGCUUUAAUCUAUUUUUUGAGCUAUGUCCCACAGUGAAAUGAACCUAAACCUAAUCAAUUCAGUUUCUUAUCAGCUACUGGUAAAAAAUGUUUACUGUUGCUAUUAAAACGUAAAGGUUGUUUUUUUUUUUUCAUUCAUAGAAGUAAAAUAAGAAAUUCACUUGUGGUUGGGGGAAAGGUUAAAGUUUCACCAUGUGUUUGGUUUUCUUAAGCCACCACAUAUACAGUACAUGGCUCAAGCUCUUGGGUUCCCUACCCCUGAUCUAUGAUAUAGUGGCUGCUCAGAAGCUUUUUAUUGAACUGUUUAGGGUUUGUGUUUGGUCUUAAUAAAUGCCUCAUUUA